GCCACCAAGCCCCGCCUCUUGUGAUAAUCGACUGUUAGGCUAACUAAUCAGUUUGUGUUUCUCUGGGAGGAACUGGAGUGUGUGAACCGAGGAUGAACCUCAGUCAGACGGUUUAUCAGUGUCUUUGUCGAAUUUACAUUUUACAAAAAAUACAAUGCGAUUGAGAAGAAAUACAAAGCGAUGCCAUAUCAUGCCUUCUAAUGCCCCGCAAUUCACAUAAGAAGAGGCUGCUGAACCCGCACAAGUCUCAGCUGUUGUUCGUGGGGGCGCCCAUUAAUGGACCAAAGCAUGAGUAUGGACCACAACUACAGAGUGCCAUUCAUCCCAAGUCAUUUAUAUCAGAGAAACAACUGCAAAGUGGUGCACCAUGUACCUCUUGGGUGUCUCCGCAGUUUAAUUCGCUCGAAAACACAACGGUUAGUCAACGUUGCCGAGGGAGGAGAAAUAACCAGAUGCCUACGAGAAUCUCAGAUAAGGCACCGGAUUUUGGAGCAAAUGGCUGCAAAUAUAUUCCCUUGUCCUUUGAGGCAACCACAGCAGGUUCGCAGCACCAGCGUGAAAACUUUAGUAGUUCUCGGACAAAGAAUGACAGGCUUGUUUCUUCGGACGGCCAUAGCAAGCAGCUUCGAGAAACUCCAAGAAGAACUCGCUUUCCUCGAAAAGGGGUGGAGAGGAGGAUGGCUACACGUGUUAUAUCCACCUCCAGGCGUUCAGAAGUUUCAAAGAACCUUCAGUUCCAUAAAAAUGGAAAUAGAACACCUAAGGAUUCUGUUCACACACCGAACACAAGCUUAUUAGUUCCCGAACCCCCAAAUGUUGAGACGCCAGAAAUGCCACAUUGUUCCAGCACGUCUCCAUCCAAUCUUCAACAUCUCCUCUUCCCUCCAAACCAAGCAAAAACUCCUCUGCGCACUGAGAACACAAAUGUCCCGGUGAAGGACACACCUGAGAAAGACUAUGGACUGAGGGUAACAUGGAGACGGAGGAAAGGACUGAUGAAAUUGUUGAUUGACAGAGGUCAGCUUCUUCCAGCAGAUGCUGGAGUUGCCAGUGAUUGGACUUAAACCAUAAAUUAACAGAUACAGCAAUAAUUUGAUUAGUUUUGUAGCCUUUUCUGUUCAAUACGGAUUUGAUAAGAUUUGGGAAAUUGUGAUCACUUACAACCGAGAAAAUUUAAUAUAUGAACACUUCAGGAGAGAGGAAUUAAAGAUGUCAUUUUGAUGUCCCCAGCCUUACUUAAUGGAAUCACCUUUGCAUUCUGUAGGACAUCAAUAAAUUAUGUACUUAAAUGUAAAAUA